AUGAAGCUGCUGCUGCUCGUAGUGGCGUCCUUGGUCGCCGUGUGCCUUGCCGAACCAAAGCCCGCCAUCAAUGAGGUGAAAUCAAAUCAGCCUGUGCAGAAGCCGGGCCGCUUCCUGUCGCUGCCAGUGCCGGAGAAAUGUGCAUCCCGCCCGAAGCAGUUCAGCUACCGCGGACAUAACUACUUCUACAGCGCCCAUGUGCCCGCCCUGGCCGACAAGCGAGUCGACUGGCUCGACGGUCGCAACAUCUGCCGCGAGUACUGCAUGGACCUGGUGUCGCUGGAAACGCAGGAAGAGAACAACCUGAUCUUCCGACUGAUCCAGCAGAACGACGUGCCGUACAUCUGGACCGCCGGUCGCCUGUGCGACUUCAAGGGCUGCGAGGGUCGCCCGGACCUGGAGCCGAAGAACAUCUACGGCUGGUUCUGGUCGAACAACCGCGAGAAGAUCCACGCCACCAACCAGAUUCCGAACGGCUGGGGUUACAACCCGUGGAGCAAGUCCGGACACAAGAAGAUCCCGCAGCCGGACAACGCCGAGUUCGACAUCAACCAGACGACCGAGUCGUGCCUAUCGAUCCUGAACAACGUGUACAACGAUGGCAUCGGCUGGCACGAUGUGGCCUGCUACCACGAGAAGCCGGUCGUCUGUGAAGACUCGGAGGAGCUGCUGAACUACGUGUCCGCCACCAACCCGGGCAUCCGUCUGUAAGGAGCGGCGCGGUGUGAAGGCAUGCGGUGGCAGGCGGGACCCGGCACUCGGCAUUCUGGUGUAAAACUGCCAAACAACCCUCCCUCCCCCAGAACGCACCGCACCACCAAAACUAUUCACUCGAGGUUACGAACGGUCUCCGUUUCCUCCUCGUCCUUUUCUUUCUCCUCAGUACUUCCCUUCGCUACUCAACUGCUCAUUCGAAAUUGCGUAGUACUUUUCCUCAUUUAGUAGUUGAAUGUUGCAGACGGUAUCCAGCCCUGUUUGUUUGAUUUUCAGAGAACAGAGACCACUUAUUCGACGAUAGAACCGAAACCGUUGCGAUCGUGCGUGUUUCAUGAGCACUACAUAAGAACAUCGCUUUGACUCGCCAGUGCCAUUCGGGCAUUUCAUUGUUUACUGGCACCAUCCAAAACAGUGUCUCAUUUCUUCAUAAAACAAACAGUAACAACUGCGAGAACAACGUCCAUACCAUACUGGAGCACAUGCGAAAUGUUUUCAAAAUGUAUAUUUAUUAAAUAAAUAGGCUU